GCGGCUGCUGCCCGUCCUCGCCGCGGCGCUGGCGCUGGACGUGGCGCGCGCCCACCGCGGGCUCGACGGCGGCCUCGGCGACGUGAUGGCCGUCGACGGCGUGGGCCGCCUGCUGGGCCGGCGGGGCCGGCCGGCGCGGGCGCAGCAGGCGGGCGCCCUCGGCGCCAACGCGUCGGACCCGUACAACCUCAGCUUUACCAUCAAGACCCCGAGCGGCCAUGAAGCUAUGCUCAACCUUUCUGUGGAGGUCACCUCGGGCAGCGGCCAGAAGCUGGAGGCCGUGGCGGCACCCGGCAAGGAGAGCGGCGCCACCGUCGCCGUGCCCGGCGGUGGGGACAAGGCCGACGGGUCCCGCGACGCCGGCCCGGUGGCGACGGAGCCAGAGGUGCUGGUCAACGGGUCGCGCGAGCCGUUCGACGUGUUACCGGUCGACGGACCCCGCGACGCCGGCCCGGUGGCGACGGAGCCGGAGGUGCUGGGCAACGGGUCGCGCAAGCCGGUCGACGAGACGCCGGCGAGGGGCGAUCAGGAGAAGCCGCCGCCCGCCCCGCUCGUGGAGGGCGAGGACGACGACCUGGCGAAGCUGGCCGAGGAGGUGGACGCAGUCCAGCCGACCUUAGAGGCGAUGUUGCGGCCCAUCGAGAGCGAGGCGGCCAAGCUGGAGGGAUUGGGCGAAGGCCAGAUCAGAAUGCUGAGGGCUAUGGGCAGCAUGAUUCGUGAUGCGACGGCCCCGCAGGACGCGAAUAUUGAACUUGUCAGGACUGAAGUCUCCACGGUCAACGCCAAGAUGACCAGCGUCGAGAAAAAGCAGGCUGCGUUUGACGACCGCCUCUCCAGGCUCGAGUCGGGCAGAGGAGGGGGCACCACGCCUGCCUCGGGCUACACAGCCCCCCUGUCAGCGACCCUGGCGUCGGCCUUAUCUACGGCUGCCUCUACGAUAUACGUUCCCAUGGGUAAGGGGAAGGUGGUAUGCGUGGGCGGCUUCAAGUACGAGUCUGGAGACCUUCUCGUAAAUCAGAUCAAGAAUGAGCUGACUGCCAAAGCAAUCAGAUACGACAAAGUGAUUCCUACUGGUGGAUACUGCGAGAGGGUGAGGAUCAUCUUUCACUCUUCGGACGAGAUGUGGGCAUGCCUCAAGACUAUGAAGGGACGGACGUUCCAGGGUGGCAACUACGUAGCCGCGGGAAGAACCCAGCUCUGGCACGGCAUCGGCAAGCUCGGCUGGGAGAUCGGGGUCAGCAAGCAGCAGGUGAAGGCGUUAGAGGUGCUCGAGCCGCUGGUGAAGGCGCUCUUCCCCGCGAGUCAGUUGCACGACUUCAGGGGCUGCUUCGACAUCAGGAACGACAAGGGCGAGGUCAUCUUCCUGCCGAGCAAGUUGCCAGACAACGCGCACAUGGCAGGCCCGAUCAAGCUCUUCGAGUGA